GGAUUAGUACCGGCGGUGUUCUGACCCGACACAGGUUACAUCAGGGAUUAUGUGUGAUGGCACUGGGAUCUGCGCAGGGUACCCCCGAUCCUCGCCAAAGCGUCGAUCGAUCUCCAUGUGCAGCGUGGGGGUUGUUGGGUGUUUCACUGCACAGUGGUGGUCCGGAGGUCCGUUUGGGGAAACGGCGUCACGGUACCAUUUCGUAUGCGACUCACAGCGUCGUUGCCGCGGGCGUGACACCCAUUUCGCCUUUCGCCGGUGUGUUGGGGGCAUCUCCGUCGAGUGUGGCCGGGUUUCGUGACGCGGCCACGUUUGGAGGUGUGUACGGUGCUCCGUUGCUGCCAUUCCCAUUGUUGCCUAGAUGGCUGGACUAUGCAGCCACGAUUCCUUUAGCACCUGUAUGGUCACAUGCGGUGGCCCCGCCAUGUCCCGCCGGAGGCGGUUCUCUUCCAGGAAAUCGCAGCGACGCUUUGCGUUCUCCACCCGUUUCACGUCGACGAGUCGUCGCCUCGACGGCGCGUUCGUUUGUUGUGCCGCCUCAGGCUCCCUUUGUCGCUCCAGAUUCCACACCUCUGUUUGACGAUGUGGAUAGCUCUGUGGCACUCGGUGGCACGCCGUGUUCGGGCGACAACAACAUCGUGCGAGUGUGUGUGCGGGACGCGUGUCGGAGACGGUUGUACACUCUCCGCGACGCUAUGGCCGAUCUGGGUGACCAUCGCGGACUGGUCAGCGACAUUAUUGAUCGGCUGCUGCACUGGUCCUUGCCAGCCAUCCGAGCGGAGUUUGGAGACAAGGUAGGAGAUGUGAUUUCUUCUUCGUUGCCAUCUCGGGUGUGCGGUCGAGAUUUCACGUUGCGUUAUAUGCCAGGCGAUUCCGGUGUUGACUACGGUCAGGGGGACUCGCAGGGUUCAGCGAGCGGAGGGCUGGGUGAGUCUCAUGACACAUCACAGAACUCGUUCCCGUCAUCGCGUCGUGCAUCGCAGCGCAGUGACAGAGGGCGCGGCAGACCCCGCAGCGCGGGCCGCUGCACACCGACACCUGCCCGGCCGCAGACGUGGUGGGAUAGUUGGGACGGUCUCUGUAAGCUGGCGUUCGUAUGCGACAAGAAAUGCAAAUGGACGUGGCACAUGGCACUCGUGACCAUGAACGUUUAUCAGUCGCGACUGAUGCAGCAGCUCUUUCAUGCCACGGUCACCGCCGGCCUUACGUUCACGCUCCUCGACAACUUUUGUGUUUGUUUGGGGAUGUGCUCGGUGCACAAACCCACAUUCUACAAGUUUAUGCGCACAGAACCGUGGGGGGCAGAGGGAUGGAAUGCCAAGGUCGUACGGCAGGGCAUAAAAUAUUGCGAGCUUGCCAUUGACACUGUGAUGCGCCGUGGUGGGGCAGUGACAUUGAUGGUUGAUGGUCGAUAUGACUCUGCCAGAGGCGCGCAACAUUGCACUGUCACCGCGAUGGAGUACGAGACUCGGCUUGUUGUAGGUGUUCACACUCUCCGUCCGAAGAUUGAAGGCAAGGCAUCGAAUGCGCUUGAGGUGCCAGCCGUCGUGCAACUUUUGCGAGAGCUGAUGGACAAGGGGUUGAAGAUCCGGUGCGUUGUCUCGGAUGAUUGUGCGCCGCCGGGACCGAAGUUGCGAGCUAUGAACAUCGAGUGGCAGAAGGAUUGCCACCACAAAAUAAAAAACAUUCGAAAACACUUCUACAGUAUGCUGCAACUGAAGGAAGCGAAAAAAGUGAGCAGCCGACACGACUGUGUAUCAGAGGCGCAGUUCAUGCAGUUCACGAAGAAGCGGCUAAAAGAGGCGUUGGAGCAGCGUUUUGGACCUGACGUCCUCACACCUGCUGAGGAGCAGCUGAAGAAAUUGCCCUUCGUCACUGUCGUCAUGCGAAAGAUGUACCCCUACGGAUCGAGGUUGAAUGUUCGAGCGUUGGAGACUGAUCCAGACGGCUUGACAGAGUAUCAUGCGCAUGAGGUUGGGAUGUGGUUCCUCCGCGCUUGCCAGCUGUGCAAGGAGAAGGGCGGAGACGCCGACAGUCUACACCGUGACAUCAUGUUGGUCGCCGAUCAUUGGGCUGGUGAUCAUUCGGGAUGUGUGGACGGUAGGGAGGUUCUGUGCGAGAAGGCCGGUGGGCGUGCACGAUUGCCUUUGUAUAGCCGCACGGACACGGUCUACGAGCUCGUUCUGCGUGUUCUCGAUAAACAAUGCAGCACUAACAUCACGCCGUACUACGUCGAGUUUCGGCACACAUGGGCGGUGGAGACUUUUCAGGGCACCAUCAUUAUCUAUGCGAAGAAGUCGGUGCAUUUCGAGAACUCUUUCUGUGCACGUUUGUCGAUCGCAGUGAUUCGGUGGAACAGUCACUGCUGGCGCGACCCGGUCGGGUAUGUUGCUCACAUUGCAGCGGGCACUUCCAUACGUGCGAGACCAGGCUUCCGUCGACACUACGGUCACGAGGCGAUCGACUGUUGGGAGGACAGAUUGGCGGCGUCAGUGUUCGGUUCGGCUCAUGUUUCAGACUGGGCUCGAGAGCUUCUGUGGCAUGAGGUUUGUCCUUAUGGAGCCGGGCCAUUGCCGCAUGAUUUGUUCGUCAGCGGUGGGGGCGACCCAGUGGAAGUCGUUGAUGAUGCUGCCUCAGAUUCCGACCAUGAGGCGGUGGGGGAGAACCGUGUUUUCAUCAUUGGGCACGUGGAGGACGAUGCGGUGCCUGCAUGCGAUGAUUGGGUCCACACAUCGAGCUCCGAAUCUGAGGGUGACGAUAUAGAGUUGUUCAGCGUUUGACUGGUUGAAUGGCUUUAUCGUUGACCUGACAUCGG